AUGGUUUUCUCGAUCUUGAAUGUUUGCCCCAGCUGUCUCCACAACAAGAUUUUAUGUUUGACCGUCCCAUUUGUCAUUGUCGGCAGCUUCUAUCAAAUUCAACGAAAAUGGUCCGUUAUCGAGCAAUUUGAAAAAUUGAUAAGAGAAAGGCAGAUAUGCACCGUGAAGCCAGCGGAGCUUCACCGAGUUAUCAACGAAGAUAACCGCCGAUUGGAAAAGCAUCGUGAGAAGUUUCCAGGACCGAAAGGACUGGUUGGAUCGAAGAAGUACAUUGAGUCUACAAUUUUUUUAAACUUCGACAGCAAGGUCGCCAUCAGGGGGAUGCGGGGUAUUUAG